CCAUCACACAUCUCAAGAUUCUCAAAAUUAGGUCACACACAUAAGCGCCAACAAUUCUUUACAAUUAAAAAGCAUGUCUAUAGAAAAAAUCUCCUCCGAGCUGCGUAAGAUGAUAAUAUCUGACAAUCCAAUCGAAGCAACAACUUUCGAUAAAUCUGCAAUAGAGGCAACUUUGGAUUCCAACAAAUUCGAAGAUCUACGAAUUCCGAAGCAUACACUGAAGCAAAAGUUUCUUCUUCGAAAGUCAAUAAUUGAACAUCCCUUUAAAAGAAUUCGUGCCGAAGGAGUGGAUUGGGCUCACAAAAUUCGAGACACCGACGAAGAGAAGGAAUCUAAUUGGGCAAAGAUUGCGACUGGAAAGGUUUCUGGCAAUGCCUACGAUCUUAAAACCAUGAUGAGCGAGUGUGAAAAUAUUUGUGGUUACGGAAACGCCAUAAACUUGACGGUCCCAAGGGUGGACAAACUACAGGAUCUGGCUAAAUCGAUCCCAACGGAUCCCGAUACAGUCUACCUGACCUGUCAAUGUGAUGAUAUUUUCUCUAAUGGAGGCACAGAAGCUCCGACUCAAAGCCCCGACGAAGUUAAUUUCGAAGAGCUGUCCAGCUACUUCGAAAAUAUGCUCAACAUACCCAAGAAUCUUCCGCUCAGCGCUGAAAUAAUGUAUACUUAAUGAUUGGAACGGUGUGUGUAUUGUUAUAUUUAGAGUAAAAAAAGAUAUAAAUCAUUUU